AUGAAGACAACAGAACCAGCAAGGCAGAAACAUUUUGGUACCAGGGCAUCAGAGUAUUUAGAUAGAGCAGAAAAAAUAAAAAUUUUAAUUGAAAAGCAAAAAGCAACUGGAACAUACAGAGAAUUGAUUAAAGUUCAAUCUGGUAGUAUAGGAUAUGGUUAUACCUCUGUUUUUGGAAGAUUUUUAGAUACAAGAGUGACAUAUAUUCACAUUGAGGAUCCAUAUAUAAGAGCAUUUCAUCAAUGUCAAAAUUUAGUAAGAUUUUGUGAAUUGGCUGUAAAAAAAUGUCAUACAUUAUCUAAAAUAUCUUUAAUUACAACUUCUGAUCCAGAAGAUAAGAAGAAUCAAAUAGCAAGACUAGAAGAGUUAAAGCAGAGUUUAUCUUCCCAUCUUAUAUUUUUUCAAUAUUCAUUUUCUGAUACUUUACAUGAUAGACAAAUAUUUAGCAAUGGUUGGGUAAUUAAAAUAGGCCGUGGUCUAGAUUAUUUUAAAGCACCUGAUGGAAAGUUUGUGUUGGGUGCCUAUGAUCUCGAACUGAGGCCUUGUUUAGAAACAACUAUAGACAUAUUUCACAAAAAUCAACUGAAAAAUGACGCGACAUAA